UUUCCGGUGGUGUUGUGGCACGAAAAUGAAAUCGCCUGGCCUGUCAUUCUAAGAUAGCAAAGCGCAUGUGAUAUAUAUUUUGAAAAUAAACAAACCCACACGGGUAGGACGAACAUUUUACUUUUACAUUUAGAUUUUGUCAGUUUAUUGCAUUUUCUUUUAUAUAUAUAUAUAGUUUAGCCUCCGGAAGUCACAUGAUCGAGACGAGAAAUGUCUUGAUUAAUGUACAGAAUAUCAUUCGUUACGGCGGUGGUUAUGCUGACCUGUGAGAUAUGCAGUGAGGAAAUAUUGUUGGACGAGGACAUGAAGACACAUCUGCUCCUCAGCCAUUUGGAAAAUGACAUGAAUUGCCCACUAUGUUCUUUGUCUGGAGUGUCCUACGAUGAACUUUCCUACCAUAUUAGCUCUGCACAUCCAGACUACCAACACAAAGCCCAAAAGUCAUCUUAUUCCACUUCCUGUUGUCCUCCUCCAAUCGGCACAAAUUUGACAGAGAAUGAAGAUCCAAAGGCAGGCAGCAGUGGUCCAUAUAUAGAAGCAAAACCCUGUAGAUCAUCCAGUGACUCAUUGCCACUUCAACAAAGAACUGAUACCGUGUUUACCCAAAGUAAAGGAGUUUUAACCUGUGAGGGGACUUCAGCCAUCUCAUCAACAUCUGUCAGCCCAGGAAUAAAGCGUGGUCUGGAGAUGAGCAUUCCUGUUCUGGACAAUGCUGGGUAUUUAUCUGAGCAGAAAAAUCCCAAACAGAAGCGCCCAGCCUCUCCAAAGAAUGACCCAUUCUCCUGCCCCAUGUGUGCACAAGUCUUCCACAGCACCAGCAUUCUACAGGAGCAUGUUGAGUUACACUUGCAGGAACAGGAGUAUUCGGAAGCACCGGAGAAACUUGAGUGCCCAAUGUGCCCAGCUGUUUGCAGCGACAGCGACUCGCUGCAGCAACAUGUCGAACUGCAUUUAGACAAUGAGGCAGGGACCUCUAAUUCAGACUCAAGACUGGCUUGGAAACUUCAGCAGGAAAUGGACAAGAAGAGGAUGGCAGAGGAGAACCAAGUGGAAAAGGAGCAGUUUAAAAAGUUGCAGAGGCAGUUUGGCCUGGAUGGCAGUGGUGGCUAUCGCGCACAGAUGGAGAAGACCUUGAAGAGGGAUGUGGCCCGGGGCAUUAUGCCCCCCGCAGAGUAUCAUUUUAAGAGGGUGGAGAUGAUGGAGUCUCUCGCCUCAGGGGUUGAUGACGGCAGGACCAGAACUCAGGGUGUCAUUGAAGCCUUAUCUCAAUACUAUCAGACUGCGAGCAAAGACUGUGUGCACGUGUGGCUCAGCGCUGAUACUGAUCACUAUUGCUCCUCGCUGGGUGACAAAGGCUGGGGCUGUGGAUACAGAAACUUCCAGAUGCUGCUCUCAUCCCUCUUCAGACUUGAUACAUUUGCCUCCCCUUUACAAGACAAGUCAGUGCCAAGUAUUCCACGAGUGCAGAGUAUGAUUGAGGAUGCAUGGAAAUUGGGACUUGAUCCACAAGGGGCAUCUCACUUCAAUCAUCAGCUCCAAGGAACGCGAGCCUGGAUUGGUGCCACCGAGAUCUACGUCCUUCUCACUUCUCUAGGAAUCAGCGGCCGCAUUGUCGACUUCCACCAGCCAACAGGCCCAGGAGGUACCCAUCCCCAGCUCUUUGAGUGGGUCAAACAGUACUUCAGUCAGUCCAGCACGAGUAGUAGAUUGCCUCCCAGAAUCAUCCAGACCUCCUUGCCCCCACUGUACCUGCAGCAUCAAGGGCAUAGUCGCUCCAUUGUGGGUUUGGAGCAGCGGAAGACUGGAAACCUGUGCCUUCUGCUUUUGGAUCCUGGUUCGCCGUCAUCAGACACCAGGAAAUUGAUGAGUCGAGACACUGCGUCCAUAGCCAUCCGCAAUGUCCGAAAGCUUCCCGGCAGCCUGAAACAUAAGCAGUACCAGGUGGUGGGGGUAGAUGGUGUGUUGUCCACUGAAGAGAAACAGAUCCGCAUCUCGAACUCCAGAACACUGUGUGCUGAAAGGAUCCCAUGAAGUGAUUUUUUAUUUUUUUUUAAGUAUCUCACCAUCUCCAUUUUACCCAUGUUUUUAUGUGAAUAUUUAAUUUAUCAUUUCAACAUGUACAGUAUGUUGCACUUUUGCUAAUAAAUGUUCAAAAUUA